CUUUCGGUUGUCAACGUCAACGUUGUUGACUGGACGUCAGAGUGAAAAAUUGAGUUUAAUUUACAAAUUAAUUUUAAUUAUCUUUGUUUACGGGAGCGAAAUUUUCUGUAGUAUUAUUUAAAUUAAAUAAAAAUAAGAAAAACGUAAAAAACAUGCAUUUGACAAAUGUAAAACGCGUACGAUAAAUUAGAAUUUUAUUUGAAAAGAGUUGUAUAGAAUUUAAAUAAGGUCAAAUACAUCCAUACAUACGUACUUAUUAGCAAAAUAAACAUUUAUUGAACGAUACCAACCAAACUAUUUUGGUUCGUUAAAUACAGUGCCUGUUUGGAAAGUCAUAAACCCGUAAUUAGUGGAGUAGUAGAGGUGGACUUGAAUUGAGAUUACUGCAAAAUCAUGUCGAGCGAAGAUAUGCUAUACGCCAAGGGCUCCAAAAUAUGGGUGCCUCACCCAGAGCAAGUAUGGGAGACUGCUACAGUUCAACGAGAUUAUCACAAAGGCGAUAUUACUAUACAGAUUGUCAAAGAAUCUGGCACUUCUGUGGACGUGUCCAUAAAACCCGAUGGAAGUAAUUUGCCACCACUACGUAAUCCAGCUAUAUUAAUUGGACAAAAUGAUCUGACAGCUAUGUCCUAUCUACAUGAACCCGGCGUAUUACAUAAUUUGAAAGUACGUUUCUGUGAACGACAAAUUAUAUACACAUACUGUGGCAUCAUAUUGGUUGCCAUAAAUCCGUAUGCCGAUUUACCACUCUAUGGACCGAGCAUUAUACGCGCCUAUCGUGGACGUUCAAUGGGCGAAUUGGAACCGCACAUCUUUGCUUUAGCCGAGGAGGCAUAUACAAAACUUGAACGUGAGAAAUGUGAUCUAAGUAUAAUUGUGAGUGGAGAAUCGGGUGCGGGUAAAACAGUUUCUGCGAAAUAUGCUAUGCGUUACUUCGCCGCUGUUGGUGGUUCCGAGUCUGAAACGCAAGUUGAACGCAAAGUGCUUGCUUCAUCGCCAAUAAUGGAGGCUUUCGGUAAUGCCAAGACAACGCGUAAUGAUAAUAGUUCACGUUUUGGUAAAUUUACGAAAUUACUUUUCAAAAAUAAUAUGAGUGUUAUGAAUCUAACGGGCGCAACGAUGCAUACUUACUUGCUGGAGAAGUCGCGUGUUGUAUUUCAGGCGCCUGGCGAGCGGAAUUAUCACAUUUUUUAUCAACUUUGCGAUGCACGUGAAAUGCAUCCCGAAAUGAUAUUGGAUCAUCAAGACAAGUUCGAAUAUUUGAAAAUGGGGCAUUCGCCAGAUAUUGAUAGAGUCUCGGAUAAGGAACUAUUUAAAGAAACUAUACAAGCUAUGAAUGUGUUGGGUUUCAGCACGUUGCAGAUAACGGACAUUUUAAACAUACUUGCCGGCAUAUUGCAUCUUGGCAAUAUAAAAUUUGUGCCACAAAGUAAAAAAGGCUCUGAUGACGAUCCAGAUGGUUGUGAUAUCUUUCAUAAUGAUCUCCAUCUUCAUGUUACCGCUGAUAUGUUGAAAAUUAAUGCAGAUGAUUUGCGUCAAUGGUUGAAAAUGCGUAAAAUUGAAUCUGUCAAUGAACAUGUACUGAUACCGAAUAGCGUUGCUGCUGCGCAGACAGCUAAAGAUGCGCUUGCCAAACAUAUAUAUGCUAAACUCUUUCAAUACAUAGUACAAGUAAUCAACAAGAGUUUAAAUAUAGGAAGUCGAAAACAAAACAGUUUUAUUGGUGUCUUGGAUAUUUAUGGUUUCGAGACAUUCGAAGUUAAUUCAUUUGAACAAUUCUGUAUUAAUUAUGCAAAUGAGAAGCUACAACAACAAUUCAAUCAGCAUGUUUUCAAAUUGGAACAAGAGGAGUACUUGAAAGAAGGCAUAACUUGGACAAUGAUCGAUUUCUAUGAUAAUCAACCGUGUAUAGAUUUAAUUGAAUCGAAAUUGGGCGUUUUAGAUUUACUAGAUGAAGAGUGUAGAAUGCCUAAAGGCAGCGAUGAAAGUUGGGCUGGAAAAUUAAUUGAAAAAUGCAAUAAAUAUCCACAUUUUGAAAAACCACGCUUUGGCACAACAAGUUUCUAUAUAAAACAUUUCUCCGAUACCGUUGAAUACGAUGUCUAUGGUUUUCUGGAAAAGAAUCGUGACACUGUUUCAAAGGAACUUGUCAAUGUUAUACGCCAAUCAGAUAUGUCUUUAUGCAAGCAAUUAAUGGAAAUGGAAGAGGUUGAUACCCUGAGCGCAGAUGCGGCAAAAGUGACAACACUCGGCGGUCGGGUGGUGAUCAGUGCAUCUAGACAGCAGAUCGCACCAUCAAAACAAAACCGUCGUUCUGUUGGCUCGCAAUUCAGAGAGAGUCUUUCAUCGUUAAUAUCUACUUUGCAUGCUACCACACCACAUUACGUGCGUUGCAUAAAGCCUAACGACGAUAAAAUCGCCUUUAAAUGGGAGGCGUCCAAAAUCGUACAACAACUACGCGCUUGCGGUGUACUCGAAACGGUACGCAUUUCCGCUGCUGGUUUUCCAUCGCGCUGGUCCUACCACGAUUUCUACAUGCGCUACCAAUUGCUCUGUCAUCGCUCGUUGGUCAAUAAAAACGAUUUGAAGCAAUCGUGUCACAAUAUUGUGACCAAAUGGAUACUCGAUGGAGACAAAUAUCGCUUUGGCAAUACGCAAAUAUUCUUCCGUGCCGGUCAGGUGGCGUACAUGGAACAGGUACGCGCCAAUUUACGCAAGAAGUAUAUAACAAUUAUACAAUCUGUGGUGCGUCGUUUCAUACAUCGACGACGCUUUCAACGUUUGCAACGCACCGCGCUCGGUAUACAGCGUUAUGCGCGUGGCUACUUGGCACGACAGAAAGCGCAGCAAAUGCGUGAAGAACACGCGGCGGUGGUUAUUUCCAAAUAUGCGCGUGGUUGGUUGUGUCGCCGGCGUUACCUGCGACUGCGCCACACAAUUUGCGGUAUACAACAAUAUGCGCGCGGCAUGCUGGCGCGUCGGCGCUUCCAGGCAGCUAUGGAUCAUUAUCGCGCGGUGCAAAUUCAACGUUUCAUACGCGGCUAUUUGGCGCGGCGCGCCUAUCAGAAGAAGCGACGCGCAAUCAUUAUAUGCCAAUCGGCUGUGCGCCGUUUCUUGGCGCGGCGUCAAUUCAAGCGGUUGAAGGCGGAAGCGAAGACCAUUUCGCAUAUACAGAAAAUGUACAAGGGUCUCGAGAACAAGAUCAUAUCGAUGCAGCAAAAGAUUGAUGAGCUCAAUCGUGAGAAUGGCAGUCUGAAAUCGAAGACUAGUGAAAUUUCUGUACUUAAAAUGAAACUUGAAGUGAAAAAAGCUUUGGAAAUGGAAGUGCGUAAUCUCAAAUCGACCGUUGCGGAAAAGGAUCACAAUUUGGCAGCAUUAAACAAGCAGCUGGAAAUAGAACGUGACGAAAAAAUGCAACUACUUGAAGAGAAGGACCACUCCGAAGAAGAUUGGGUGCAGCAAAAACAAGUGUGGCGCGUGGAGAACAUCGAGUUACGCAAACAAAUCGAUCAAAUGAUUGAAAUGGCUAAGAAUGCCGAAGCAAAUGCCAAUUCGCGACAUGAACGUUCAUUCUCUGAAGCUGAAACAAACGAAAUAAAUGACGCCUAUCAACGUGCAAUCAAGGAAAAAGAGAUUAUAGAAAAUGAAAACUAUUUGCUUAAGGAAGAGUUGAGUAGACAUCAAAAACCCAACGGUGCACGCGACAAUAACAAUCAACAUUCGCGUUCGGUUAGUAAUGCAUCCAGCCAGAAUGAAGAUGAUGUUGGCUAUGUAUCGGCUAAGAAUACGCUCGAAUUGCGACGUCAUCAAGGUGGCGAUAAUGCAAAUCAAAUUUCACCCGAAACCUUUACGACAAUUGAAACCACAUCAACACCGAAAUCAGGUCAAACGAGUCUUAUUUUGAAAUUACGUAGCAUUUUAGAGGAGGAGAAAAAGAAAAAUAUGCAGUUAAAUAAUCAGUUGGAGCGUCUAUUGAAAAGAAAUAAUCAAACGGAAGACUCUAUACGUGUCUCUGAACUGGAGGUUGAGAAUGAAAAAUUACGUAGUGACUAUGAUUUGUUACGCAGCAGUAUACACCAUGGCUCCGAAAUGAAUGAAUUAGAAGCCCAAUACCAAGCAUUACAAGAAGAAUUACGCCGUCGCCGUGAUGAGUGUAUACAAUUAAAAGCGGUAUUGCAACAACAAAGUCAGUCUUUGAAAUCCAUCAAUAAUACAGGAGUUUCACUGCGUGGCGUUGACCUAAAGAACUUAAAUGACAAUGAAUUAGUUGAAGCAUUCCAAGCACAGAAGUUGGUUAAUCGACAAUUGGAAUCUGAAUUGAGCGCUCUCACCGAAGAGAAUAACGCACAUCUCGCUGAUCUGACAAGACAAAUUGACGAGCUGCGGCAUGAAAAGCAACAACUACAGGAGCUACUACAGAGUGGAGUUGAACAAAUCGAUGAAAAUAAUAUUGAGGCAUUACGUCAAAGUGAACGUUAUCUACGUUAUGAACUGCAACGUUCUCUACUACAAUACUCACAAUUACAGGAGGAAAUGAAUCUUAUGACACGCAAAUUUGAUGCCCUAAGACAGGGCAAUGAUAAAUUAAUGGCUAAGUUAAAGGAACAUGGCAUCUCACAGGAUACCAAUAGCAAGGAGAGCGAUAAGACGGCUGUGGCGAAUGUGAGCAAACAGAAAAUUCAAAAUUAUCAAGGCGUUAUGAAGUUCCGCAGUGAAGAUCUUGAUAAGAUACUGCAGCGCUUGGUUGGCGGCAUGACACCACGUUUAGCUAUUGGCUUAUUACCUGGCUUCCCUGCGUAUAUAAUAUUUAUGUGCAUUCGUUACACUGAUCUAAUAAACGCAGAUGACGAUGUGCGCGAUUUGUUGAGCAAGUUUGUUAUGCAAAUCAAAAAAAUUCACCGUAAUCCAAAUGUGAUAGAAAUGCGUUCACUUUGGUUGGUUAAUUCCAUCACUCUACUCAAUUUACUGAAACAAUACGGUGAUGUUGAGGAAUAUGUUAAAUUCAAUACGGAAAAACAAAAUCAACAACAAUUGAAGAAUUUCAAUCUAUACGAAUAUCGUCGUGUUAUACUUGAUAUAAUAAUUAGCUUAUACCAGGUGUUGGUGAAGCAGAUACAAACUUUACUUGAACAAUAUAUAGUACCAGCCAUACUCGAUAAUGACGAAAUCCAACGUAAUAGGCAAGUGCAAGGCAUGCGCGGUCGUACAGCCUCAAUGGAUUCUACGUCAUCACCCGAGCAUGGCAAAGUAGCUGCAUGGAAACUGCUCAUCAAUCACCUGGAACAAUUUUAUAAGCAAUUCCAACAUUUUGGUUUAGAUCGUUGUUAUUCCGAACAGAUUUUCCAUCAAUUAUUGUAUUUCAUUUGUGCCGUAGCACUAAAUUGUUUAAUGUUGCGUGGUGAUAUUUGUAUGUGGGAAACUGGUAUGAUAAUACGUUAUAAUUUAGGUUAUAUUGAGGAUUGGGUGCGUAGCAAGAAAAUGUCAAACGAUGUUUUAGCACCCUUGGCUCCACUAAAUCAAGUAUCUCAGCUGCUCCAAUCGCGCAAGAGUGAACAGGAUGUACAAAGUAUUUGUGAUUUAUGUACUUCAUUAAAUACGGCACAAGUACUUAAGGUUAUGAAAUCAUACAAGCUGGACGAUUAUGAAGGUGAAAUAACGAAUGUAUUUUUGGAAAAACUCACUAAAAAACUCAAUGAGCGUGGCAUGAUUAAAAAUGACGAGUUUACUAUGGAUCAGAAAUUCAUACAUCCCUUCAAAGUUGUUUUCAAAUAUAGCGAUGUUAAAUUGGAAGAUAUAGAAUUACCCAAACAUUUAGGACUUGAAGAUUUGCUGACGAAAAUUUAA